AUGUCUCAGCCAGCAACACUUUUCAGACUGCCUCUGAGAACUAAGUGGAUGGCAACAAAAUCCUCAAUUAAGAAGGAACCAAUGACAGAAUAUAUUGUAUCAUCAUUGCUGACAGACUUUCUGAAAGAUGCAAGUUUAUGUUUGCUGUUCCUGAACAACUUACAAAAAAUUGGCAUCUACUCCACUAAAGAUGGCCGUAAGCUUGAGACAGAGUACGAAAUAGAGAUGGUGAUUGAUAAGCGUAAUGCCCUUAGAAAAGAAGCUUUUCGUGAGAUCUUGAGUGGAGAAAGUGAGAUGAUGAUAGAUGAUGGUUUAAGCUCUGGCAUAGUGGAGAUGAAAUCUUCAGAGACUAUUGUAAACUUUAGCCUCAAGGACAGCCAUGGACAGACACACCCGAUCUACCAUCGCCGAGUCAGCAAACCGCUUAGCAAACAAGAUAACAUCCAGUCUCGGGUGUUCUGCACUCUUCCCCUGCCUGUGAAGACCGACCUGCCAGUCCACAUCAACGGUCACUUUGCACUUGAACACGAGUCCCGCCGGAACCUAUGGGACAGAGAAGAUGACAGCAGAACCACCUGGAACAAGUUGCUCUGCACAGAUGUUAUCGCACCCUCGUAUGUCAAGGCGCUCGAGCAGGUCAAAUUUGCUUGGUUUAGGACGAAACAUGAGGACGAAACUUCGACGGAAGCUGCUGCCAAAAUAGUUGAGUUUUUUGCCCUGUUCCCCAGCAUUCCUAAAACUGAGUCUUCAUUCUGGAGCCCCUUAGUCGAGGCCUUCUACCAGGAGGUCAUCAAUGGACGUCAGGCGCUGUUUCCUGUCACGAGAGCAGAUACACCAGGCGUCAUCUGGACUUCCAUCGUUAAAGAGAAAAGCUUCGCCGGUUACUUUAGAAGACCCCCAGAAUACUCAUCUCCUGUUUUACCUUAUUACUCACAGAAUGACACUGAGAAGAGAGUUUCCGAUGGAAAACUUUUGGAGUUGCUGAAGCGUUUGAACAUGAAGAUAGUUCAGGCUCCCCUGCACGUCUUCACUGCUCUCAAGAACUACGGAGCUGACAAGAUACAAGAAGCAACUCUAAGUGCCGUCCUCCCUUUCCUGAAGUCUUGUACAGCAACAGCCUCAGACACUUGUCAGUUGAAGAACCUUCCUCAGCCACUUGCUGACCUUGGACUUGAUGGGGAGGAUGUACUAACUCUGGUUACAUUUGUUCAAAAGUCUGCAGAUUUUCCAAACAAUAUUUUUGGUCUUCCACUAUGUCUUCUUCAGUCUGGCAUUUUAGAUGUCUUUUCAGUAGAACGGAAGGCUUUUGUUACCACCUUCUGUGACCUUUUUCCAAUGCUGUCUGAAGAAUUCCUUCAUUGCAGUCUGCUGGACAUUUCUCUAAUUUUAACAAAGCAUCAUGUCUUUCAGUCUUCAACAUUCAGCAUCUAGCUUAACGAUUGCAUUUUUGUCUUGAUCAGGAUUUGUUCAAGAUAGGACAGCCAUGUGCACUGAACACUGGUCUUCUUCCUACUGAGGACUGGCUUCAGCGUCUCUGGAGUUUAUCGAGUGCGAAGUAAUAUAAAAAAAACAGAACAUCUCUGAUGACAGCCUUCUUUGGUGCUUAAAUGAAUGGAGUUUAAUACCUUGCAAGGUAGCUGGGAAGGAAGAAUGUUUUCUGUACCCAAUCAAAGAUAGAAAACGUGUUUUCUUCUUUCCUCCUCCACUUAAUAGGACACAUGAAACUCAAGCUGUCAGUGUGCUUCGAAAGCUCCCGUUGCCAGUCGUUGAUCAGUCCGUCGUCUCUCGAAGGUUAGCGGAGAAACUCGUAGCGUCUGUCGGGAACCCGGAAAGCAUCGUCGGUCUGCUGAGAUCAUUCGGCAAGUCCCUUCAACUUACACAGCAGGAUGCCACCUUAUUGUUGAACUACUUUAACUUCUACGCAAAAAACCAAAUUCAGUUUUGUGCCAUUUAAUUUGCGAGAGAUCCCGAUGUUCUGUGCAAUUGGAGGGCGUGUUACCUCCCUUGACUCUCGGAAUGUUGUGCUCCUUCUACACGAACACAUUCCACAAGACGGACUGGAAGUCUGGUCACAACAAACCAAAACAACUCUUCUGGACCAACAGCUUAUACCAGAUGAACUGUGUCGGCUUUUUCAUCUGGACAAAACUUCCAAUUUACACAUGAUCUUCUGGAGACGAUUUCUUUCAACCAUAGAAUAUUGCCAGAUGAUUUUGUUAAUGGUCAUCUUCUUUACAUUCGGAAGACAUGUUACACUGUUUUGAAAGAGGCCAAUGAAGUUGAUGAGUUAUUCAGAAUUCUGUCACAAACAGCCUUCAUUAGAAUUGAGUCAGGCAGGAUGUGUAUACCAUCGCAGUUCUACAGCCCGCACAAUAAUGUUUUUCACCAAAUGCUUGAUGUGGACAGGUUUCCGCCAGCACCAUACUGCAAUCGUGAUUAGCGCGAUUUCAUGGAGAAAGCUGGUAUGGUGAAGGAGGUGACAGUCAAUAUGUUCAUCUCAUAUGCCAAACAGGUAGCAGCAGAAGGUGCGAAUACACUGAGUGAAAAAACGUUGACAAGAUCAUCAACACUUGUACAACAUCUGUUUAAAAGAAUGAUCUGUUGAAUUCUGAGCUCUUGAGUUCUGUUUGCAAUAUUUCUUUUGUGCGCCCUUGGUCCUUUAAGGAAACAGCUGAACAUCUUCAAGGACUUGAGCAACUCUCUUCUCCGUUUGUAGCCAAACGCUUAGUUUCCUUCUCACAAAGUUGUCGUUCCUGUCACUGGCCGCUGCUGUGGAGCACGAAGGCCAUUUUGCAUCCAAAGGAUGAACCAAAUUACCAUUUGAGGAAUAGGCACCUGAACGAUGUUUCAGAGAAACUUAAAUUUCAACAAGACAUCCCCCUAGAACAGUUCAAGCAGCAUGUUGUGAACGUAUGUCAGGCGCUGAGCACUUCCACGUGCGUCCUUCUGCAGUCUAGCGAUGGUCGAACAAAAGUAGAAUGGCUCUUUCGUCAAAUCUACCAGCAUCUUACAAAGUGCCCUUCAUGGGAAAAACAUUUCUUUAAGGGCUUACCCUUGGUAUUCGACAUCUACAAUGCCUGCAUGUUGUAUCCUGAGCAAGUGGUUAUAAAACUCACAUCAAGCGAGGCUGUGGAUGGCUGGCUGUUUCGAGCUCCGAGAAACUAUGAAAUGUUUGACAAUCUCUUUGCCGAACUCGGAGUUACCUCCACUGUGACAGCUGACCACUAUGUGAGGGUUCUAAACAAACUUCACGCAAAACAUCCACAUCAGCCAUUAGAAGGUGACUGGCUACAGUCUUGUAAAAAGUCUGUACAAGGUCUCUUUCGAUGUUUAGAGGUUUCUUCCAAAUUGAACAAAGAGGUGAUUUACUUGCCAAACGAACAGUUCUGCUUGAAACAAUCAACAUCUCUGAUAUUUUGUGACAGCGAUGCUCUGAAAUCGAGACUAAAGAACUGCUCUGAAAGAUUUUUCCCCACCUUCAUGCAGCUUGGUAUGGACUGUGUCAGUCCUUGGAAUACAAUUUCUCUUCUUCCCUGAUGGCCAUAAGAUGGCAAGGCUUUCUGAAAUUACCAUGGAGAUGCUGCCCGAUUCGAUUUUGUCGACCAAAACAAUUGGUUGCCUGGCACAGGAUUUCAAGAGGAAGUUAUUUCAUGUGAACUUUGUGAAUGGCAUCACGCGGCUUAUCUACCAUAUGUACGUAGCAAACAACAAACCAGUUCAAAGCACUUUUCGUCAAGAAGUGAAGGAAAUGUUAGGAAGAAUCGAGAUAUUUGAGAUAGAAGAUUUGCAUACGGUGCUGGUCGUCGGCGAGCAAAAGGUGACAGGUAGUGAAGCAAAACAUAAGAUAUUCAGAGACAAAAGGUUUCCUACCUGUGUUUUUGUUGACAGCAGAGCGACAGUCAGUGACGAUGAUGUUGACAUUAUUCUGACGGAUGCUGUCAUCGAAACAGUCGCCAAGGACCUCCAUGAAUUCCGAUUUCUUUUAAUUUCCAUGUUGAAGUCAGAUGAUGUGCCUGCCAUUCUCGACAAACACAACAUUUCUUCCUACUAUCAAGGUCCUACGAUUCAACCUGGAUGGUAUGUGAACUUUGAUGACUUCUGUUUACUAGACAACAGUGUCGACAGCGCCUAUGUCAAUGAUGAGAAUGUUGUACUAGAGGUUAUGACCCUUUGAUAGACAGCAAAGACAUAUUGAGGGAAGAACAGGAAAUAUCUAUGCAGGUUGAGGAAUCUGCAACCCAGGCUUUGAAGAAUUAAUGAAGAAGCUAGAGACGCUUGCCGACGAUGUGAAGGUGAUGAGCUCUCACCAGGUUUUUCUGUUCGCUAGAGUGAUGGAGAGGAAUCUGUGUGGGACAAGAACAACACAUUACUCGCCCAUGCUGCAUGUCCUACCGAGUGGACGUUGGCAAUAAGCGUACGAUGGCGGUGUCUGCUGUCAAACUGUACAAGAUACCAGCGACUUCUCAAGAUCCAUCUGACCUCACAGCCACGCCAGUGCAGUCGGAUCCAAAGUCAGUCACUUCAGUAGUGAAGCAGGUUAAAGGUUGUCUUAAGGCUUCAUUGCCAAUCAUUGGCGACAAACGCCUCCAGCUAAGUCUGCUGAAACGUUUGUAUUUGCAAUGGCAUCCGGACCUAAAGACCACAGAACCACACGAUUGUUUGAGGAUUUUACGUGUCAUCAGACAAUCAGCACUAAGUAAGUCCAGCUCGGUUCUUAACAAUGGCAAUCAGCCGAUGUUAACUGCGGUGUUCUUUGAUCGGGUGUUCGCUCGGGGUCAACUGUAUGCCUCACAGAUUCCUGACGCCAGGGGAGAGCAGUCAAAUGUCGGCAUUCAGUCCAAAAGAGAAAACCCACAGCCAGGAGAGCGAGACGCUGGCUACGCCAAGCUUUUGAGGAUCUGAAGAUGGCCAAGAACUGCUCAGAGGGAAACAACUGGCUUUGUUUCAUAUACCAUCAGGCCGCGGAGAAGGCCCUCAAGGCUCUGCUGUUCUACAAGAACGCUGACCACAAGAUGCUACAUCCGGCUGAAAAGCAGAAGUGAAGAUUCUCGCCAAAGCCACGCACAACAAGGACUUACUGCAAGCGGCCGAGCGGUUGGAGCGACUGACAGGAGAAAGAUGGAGGAUGUCGUAUCCGUUUGUACAUUGGGGACCAGAGCUACCCGCCCACCUGUACACUACGGACAUGGCAAAGAUGUCAUGCAGUGAAACGGAGACAAUUCUGACCAUUGUAGCUUCACUCAUGGUGUAAUUAGCUGCAAUGUUGUCUUUGCUAAAUGGUGUGUCACAUUGAAAUAAAUAAUGCAACUCAGAUUUUAAACUACGUAACCGGAAAAAAAUCAUUGAAUUUUGAGCGAUGUUUUACUAUGAAUACACAUGCUUUCUUUAAAAGGAUUUUUGCUAAUUAUUUUUCUCAUUUUUGUCCCUUAUUGACGUUUUGUAAGUGUAUCAGUGGCACCUAGUGUGUGGGAGGGAAUGUUAACGGAUGCUGGGAACGAAGAUGUUGUCUAUUAUCUCCUCUUGUGUUACACCUGUCUCUGUAUGAGGCUCCUUGUCUUUCUCAACCCAGUCGAAUUUUAUUAUUUUUAUGGUACUAGUGACUUUCUGAUAACUAAUAGUAAUCUUGGUCCCAAGGUGUCAGUCUUGUAUUCAAUUUAUUAUAGUUAUUAUAAGUGAACCGACCUUCUUGAUAGCCUUCUAUUCAUUGUUUUAAUACCACUCACAUCAUUCAGUGUGUUUUUUUGUAUAAAAGUUUGCUGUUGCUGUAAACACUGUAAUUUAAUAUUUUCUGUAUAUCAUAGCUGAGAUAUUUUGUUAUUGCUUUCGCUAACAUAAUUCUCUUAGUAAAACAUAACCGUCGUAUUCAGUUUUUUGUUCAUUUAAAACAGUUUAAACUACAUGCUCCUUGUCUGUCUCCCAGCGCCUGCUUAUUACAGUUCUCUGCCUGUUGUAAAUGGCUAAAAAGAAAUAGAAAAAGUAUUUUGUUUCUACAUCGUAGCUUGUUUUGUCCUAGAAAGUUGACUUUUCUUUUGACAAUGAUGAAGUUUGUCAUCUUCUGAUAAUUUGUGCUCUCCCUUGUCUCAGUACACUAUGUAGUAAUUUACAUAUAUAUAUACCACUAGCAACAUCAUUACAUUUAAUUAAAUUUUUGUAAUGCCAUUUAUUUGAUUUUUGGUUUAUAUUCGUCUCAUUUUUACUUUGCUUUAAUUUUUCAAAACAUUUAUUUGUAAAAUUUUUUUGUCAAACGCUUAACUAUCCUGAAUGAGUUCUGUAUCGUUUAACAUAAUAACAUUGUAUUAAUGUUUAUGACAAGAAGAUAUUUUUCAGCCUUAAAUAAACUUUUGACAAACGUCACAUCUAUAAUAACAAAUAUUUACAUCUGAUUUUAGAAUAUUAAUUUAAAUAAAUCUAUUUAUGAUGUUGACAUACUUUUAUCAAACAAAUAUGUGUGGCAUUGAUUGUGGUAGAAUAAAUGCUGACAAUAUAGCCUAGAUAAUAACUAGAAGGCUUUGUGUGGUUCUUGUGCACUGAAUACAGACUCUUUGUCUAAUUUAAUGCUUUUAUUCUUUUUGAUGGCUUAAGUUCCAAGGACAAGUUUAUGAAUAAACUGACAAUAUCCUUUGGUUUUCUUUUAAAGUUUGAUAAAGUCUUUAAAGAUGUAAUUGCUUUCCUGUGUAGAAUAUUUUAGAAUGUUGCUUAAUUGUGGUUUAUCAUUGUAAGAAUUUAUAUUACUUUUAUCAUUUAAUGUGUUUUGCUAAGAGUAAGGCGGUGGUACAUUUUAUUCGAUGUUUUUCUCAAAUUUAAAACUUGAAUUCCUGUGAGUGACAAACAUGUUCUAAGGAAACAUUCUCUAUUCUGCAAAUGUAAAUAUUUCAACGUUGACUUGAGUGUAUUUAAUUCUUUUCAUCGUUAGUUAUGUGAUACAUCGAUACAUCGUCAAUAACGAUUUCUUUAUCACUGUCCUCAGUGUACUGAUCUUGAGACAAGACCUCCUGACACUCUGAUAACAUCAAUUGCAUAUUCAAACUUGUCUUCAAACUUCAAACUUCAAACAUAAUCUAUACAACUCAGUUUAAUAUUGUCUUAUUUGACUGAGCAAGGUCCUUUGAGAGUUAUGGCCCAUCUUUGUCUUUGCUGUCCUUUAGUCUUGUUUUUAUAGUUUUUUGGUUUUGUUUUGUUUUGCAUGAUCCUACUCUGCUUAUUUUUCUUUUGUUUGCACAAAUCGGUCUCUGCUUUCAACCUUUUUUUAUUUCUCUACUUAUGUGCACACUCUAAAUUACCUUCAAUAGGCACUUUGCAAGAAUUUGAAAUUUGUUUCUAGAAUACGUUAUAUAAAAGUAGACACGUAUAUUGCAUCCUACAGUCUUAUACUUUCGUAGUUUUGCAUGUUGGGCACUGUGUGUUAUAACCUUGUAGUGACUUUUAAGUAAAGUAUCUUCGGAAUAAAUAUUUCUCUUUUA